GGUUCAAAAAGUAGACUUGUAUUUUCUUUUUUGAUCAUUGUAUGAUUCAUUCUAAUGGCUAAUAGCUAAAAAUAGAAUGAAAGUUUAAACAGUUGCUGUUUGCCCUGGUCUUCUCACCUAACUCAGUUUGGCACUGGAAUACAUCUAGAAUGACUGCCUCUACAGGAAUAACAAUGGUUGAAGCAAUUCAUCAAAAAUAUGAUGAUGAUGUGGAAACAUGUAUACAUAUACACAUACCAGCUUCAGCACCAGGGAAAACAGAUUCUGGUCACAUAGUAAUACCCCCUAUCUUAGCUUUGCAUGACAGUAAUAUCUGUGAAGCAGGAGAUCUAGACCGUCUAGGAACAUUGUGUAAACAAGUCCAGGAACUAGAUCUCACCAAAAACUGUAUCAAGGAUUGGAAUCAGAUAAUAGAAAUUAUAGAAAGACUACCAAGACUGAGAUUCCUGAAUUUAACCAGUAAUCCAAUUGAAAACAGGUCGUCCUGGCAAUGUGAUAAACAGUUUCCAAAUAUAAGCAAUCUAAUUCUUAAUGACACAAAUAUAGCAUGGGAUUGUUUGAUGAAACUUCUGCAUGUCUUUCCAAGGGUUGAAGAAUUGCAUCUAAGUUUGAAUGGAUACAGUUCAGUGGAUUUACAUGGUGAUUUCAGAUUUCCCCCACUGUCCAGGUUAUAUCUCAAUGAAAAUAAAAUCCAGGAUUGGACUGAAAUGUGUCGUUUAGGACAGUGCUUUCCUAAUUUAGGAAAUUUAGUUGCUAUGGAAUCCAAAUUUACGAGCAUCAUGAGUGAUGCUGAUUUGAAAGAAACAUUUCCAUGCCUAAAAUCACUAAAUUUAUCAAAAACCAAUUUGGCAACAUGGGAAGAUAUUGAAAUAUUUAGAGAAUUUCCAGCAUUAGUUGAUCUCAGGAUAAAAGAUUUAUCAUUUAUAAAGAAGUUAUCUGAGAAAGAGAGAAGACAAAAUAUUGUAUCCAGACUUCCAAACAUCACCAAGUUAAAUGGUAGUCCUGUACAUGAACAGGAGAGAGAAGAGGCAGAAAGAGCCUUUAUCAGAAACUUUCUAGAUGCUGAAACCAAACCUAAAAGAUUUUAUGAAUUGGAGAAAAUUCAUGGGAAAGUAGAACACCUUGCGGAUAUUGAUUUGUCACCCGACGACCUUUAUUAUCACAUCAAGGUCAAAUAUGGAAAUAAAGAAGAAAUGAUGGACAUUUUAAAAGAUCAAACAGUCAAAGAUUUGAAGAAAGAACUUCAAAAUUUUUGUGGACUUGCGAGUGACAAAAUGAAGAUUUUUGAGUUUAAAUCAGAUUAUGAAAAUUUAUAUCUAAUGAGAUCAGAUAUAAGGUCACUUCAUUCUUAUCGUUUUACAGAACUGGAUGAAAUACACAUUUAUGAUGUAAAAACAAAAGUUAUUUCAAAGGGAGAUUACGAAAUUGUGGAAAAAAAAGAAAAAAAAGAAUGAAGUUUAUGGUUGUAUUCCAAUAUAUAUGUAUAUGCGUUUUUACUGAGAAUAUAUGAUCAGUAUGCCUAUCUGUCUGUCUGGACAAGUUCUCUCCCCUUGUCCAAUUUAUAUUAAAUUUUGUGCAAACUUGACAACAUGCAGGAUUAACGGCUUUAUGUAUUUUAUCUAGAAUUGUAUGCUCCCUUCCACUGUGAAAUUAUGACUCUUUUAAAAACCCAACAAAAUCAUUGAAACUUUUACAUAGUUUAUUGUGUUAUCAUGAAACUUGUUAUACUGUUAGAUCCAAACAUGUGAUAGACUUUGUAUUGUAUUAUUGAAUUACCUUAGAAACCUAUAUGUUGCUGCCAAGUAAAUUUCAAAGUUUAAUGUUUGAAGGAUAUAAAAGAAAAAAAACAAUUUUAAGCUUACUGACUUCAUUGACUUCAUUUUGGUGAAUAUAUUAUAUGAAAGUUAAAUGAAAAAUAUACUGAAAAUAUCAAUUUAAGCAUAAUGUUAUUAUAUGAUAGUGCUUUCAAGCUGUGAAAUGUUUUUUUAUGCCCCCGAAGUAGCGGAGGGGGCAUUAAGUUUUACCCUUGUCCGUCUGUCCGUCCGUACAUACGUCCCAAAGUUGGUUUCCUUUCUCUAACUUUAGUUUGCCCCAACCAAAUGUAAUGAAACUUAUACACAAUGCUUAUUACCACUUAAUACAGAUCAAGUUUGAAUUUUGAUGGCGUCACUUUUAUCGUUCUAGAGUUAUGCUCCUUUACAAAUGGAAAAAUUGCUAAAUUUUUCAUUUCUGUUCUCUUACUUAAGUUUGCCUCAACCAAAUGUUAUGAAACUUAUACACAAUGCUUAUUACCACAAUAUACAGAUCAAGUUUGAAUUUUUGGUGCCGUCACUUUUACUGUUCUAGAGUUGUGCCCUUUACAAAUGGAAAAAUUGCUAAAUUUUUCUUUUUUUUUUCUAAAUAUCAAGUCAUUUUUAAAAUUAGAGUUAUCUUCCUUUGUCCAUGAUUAUAGUUGAAUCAACUACAAUCAAUGCUUUAUACAAUGCAAUGUUUAAUUUUGCCUUCCACUGAUAAAUUAAAGCAAUUUUUACCCUUCAUUUCUAAAAAUAUUUUAAAGUCUUCUUUGAAAAUUGGAGUUAUCUUUCUUUGUGCAUAAUGGAUAAACUACAACCAAUGCUUUAUACAAUGCAAUAUUCAAUUUUACUUCCUACUGAUAAAUUAAAGCAAUCUUUACCAUUCAGUGCUUACAAGCACUUUGAUUACCGUUCUAGGGUGAUGCCCCUUUACAAACGAAAAAAUUGCUGAAUUUUUUGUUUCCGUUCUCUAACUUGAGUUUGUCUUAACUAAAUGUAAUUUCAAAAAAUAUCAAUGUCAUUAUUCAAGUAAUUUUUAAAAUUGGAGUUAUCUUCCUUUGUCCAUGAUUAUAGUUGAAUCAACUACAAUCGAUGCUUUAUACAAUGCAAUGUUUAAUUUUGCCUUCCACUGAUAAAACACAGAUCAAGUUGAAUAUGGGUAGUGUCACUUUAACCAUUAUUGAGUUAUGCCCCUUUAUAAAUCGAAAGAUUGCAAAAUUUUUAGUUUCCAUUCUGUAACUUAAGCUUGCCCCAACCAAACAUUAUGAAACCUAUACACAAUAUUCAUUCCCUCAAAACUAAGAUAAUGUACAUUUUUUUUGUUUCCGUUCUCUAACUUUAGUUUGCCUCAACCAAAUGUUAUGAAACUUAUACACAAUGCUUAUUACUACAUAAUACAGAUUAAGUACGAAAUUUGGUGGCGUCACUUUUGCCAUUCUUGAGUUAUGUCCUUUAUAAACAUAAAAAUUGCUGAAUUUUUCGUUUCGGUUCUCUAAUUUUAGUUUGUCUCAACCAAAUGUUAUAAAACUUAUACACAACCGUUCUAGAGUUAUGUGUGUUUACAAAUAGAAAAAUUGCUGAAUUCUUAGUUUCUGUUUUCUACUUAAGUUAGCCUCAACCAAAUGUUAUGAGACUUACACACAAUGCUUAUUACCACAAAACUCAGAUCAAGUUCAAAUUUGGGUAGCGUCACUUUUACCGUUCUUCAGUUAUUUCCCUUUAUAACUAUAUGAUAUGCAAGCGGGGGCAUCAUCUGUGUCCACAUGUAGACGCAAUCCACAUUUUUUUUUUUCAAUAGCUUCCCUAACAGGGUAAUAGCAUGUUUGAUACAAUUGAAAUACAAGAUCAUGUCAAGUAGAAUAUUCUUCAAUAACAGUUCACAAUAAAAGGAAUAAAUUAGUUAUUUUUAGCUCAAGAUUAAAGAGGCAUUUCAUAUUUGAUUUAUAACAUACUAAAAGAUAUAUCCAAAUUACAAAUUGUUCUAAAGAAACAAUUAACAAUGAAUGGACUCAUUAUAAUGUAUUAGCAUUUUGUUUGUAUUUUAGACAAGACACCAUUUGAUUAACCAUCAUGAUGACCACCAAGGAAUGCCUAUGGUCAUCUGACCUGAUAUAAGCAUAAAUAUUAAUCUAAAUACACAUAUGAAUGUUUAAUGCCUAUUUUUCUGGCUCUGUUUGAUUUCAUGUCAUAGAUUAGAAAAAUAUGUAAAUCUUUGUUUUUACCUGUAUAAAGAAUGAUUUUUUGUGGGUCAAAUCAGUCAACAAAAUUAUUCUUCCCAGUGGCUUUCUUGUUUCACUUUUCAAUGUUGACAUUCUUUUCUUUUUAACAAAAGAACAUGCUUAGCAGUUAGUUAGCACAUGCAUUAUCCAUCUCUAGAUGAGAGUAAAAUAGAAGGUUGCAUAAAUACGGAUUUAAAUAAGGUUGAAUUAUUGACAUGCAACCAAUACUGCUUUAGCAUUAUCAUUUUUAUGCCCCCACUGUAGCGUAUGGGGCAUUAAGUUUUACCCUUAUCCGUCUGUUCGUAUGUCCCAAAGUUGGUUUCCGUUCUCUAACUGAAGUUUGCCUCAACCAAAUGUUAUAAAACUUAUACACAAUGCUUAUAACCACAAAACACAGAUCAAGUUUGAAUUUUGGUGGCGUCACUUUAACCGUUCUAGAGUUAUGCCUGUUUAUAAAUGGAAAAAUUGCAAAAUUUUUAUUUUCUUUUAAAUAUCAAGUAAUUUUUAAAAUUGGAGUUAUCUUCCUUUGUCCAUGAUUAUAGUUGAAUCAACUACAAUCAAUGCUUUAUACAAUGCAAUGUUCAAUUUUGACUUCCACUGAUAAAACACAGAUCAAGUUGAAUUUAGGAAGUGUCACUUUAGCCAUUAUUGAGUUAUGCACCUUUAUAAAUCGAAAGAUUGCAAAAUUUCUAGUUUCCAUUCUGUAACUUAAGUUUGCCCCAAACAAACAUUAUGAAACCUAUACACAAUAUUCAUUACCACAAAACUAAGAUCAAGUACAAAUUUUUGUUUCUGUUUUCUAACUUUAGUUUGCCUCAACCAAAUGUUAUGAAACUUAUACACAAUGCUUAUUACUACAUAAUACAGAUUAAGUACGAAAUUUGGUGGCGACAGUUUUACCAUUCUUGAGUUAUGUCCAUUAAUAAGCAUAAAAAUUGCUGAAUUUUUCGUUUCUGUUCUCUAACUUUAGUUUGUCUCAACCAAAUGUUAUAAAACUUAUACACAACCAUUCUAGAGUUAUGCUUGUUUACAAAUAAAAAAAUUGCUGAAUUUUUAGUUUCUGUUCUCUACUUAAGUUAGCCUCAACCAAAUGUUAUGACACUAUCCACAUUUAUUUGAAUAAAUCAUAGUACAUUCCUU